UUUCAUGUUCUGAAUGUGGAAAAUGUUUUACUCGGAAAUCAAAUCUCAUUAAACAUCAGAGAAUUCAUACAAAAGAGAGUGAAGCAGUCUCAUGUGGUGAAUGUGGGAAAUGUUCUACCCAGGAAUCACAUCUUGUUACAGGGCGUCUAGAGGAAAACCCGGGCACUGGGCUAUUAAAUGUGAAGGAAGAGGAUGAGACAGAUGACAUGAAUAGUCAUCAGACUGAAAUACAUUGCUCCCUCCCUGCCGAUGAAGAUAACGCUGAUAUAGUGAAAGUUGAGAUAACAGAAGAUCUGUGUGUGACGCCUCAGCUGGGAGCCCCGGAUAAAUCCAGUAAUAGUAUUAGCCCAGGAUAUGUCCAUGUGAAUAAUUUCCUUGUUACAAAGACUGAGUUGAAUGAGGAGCCAUAUGUGUACAGUUUUCCAGAUGCCAAUGGUAAAUUCAGAGACUGUGAUAAUCCUUGUCAUGGCAAGAAGGGAGAUGUUUCUUUCAGUCUUACUCAAAAUCAAAGAAAUGCUGGAAAUAUAUGUUCUGAAUAUGGGAAAUCUUUAACCCAGCAAACAAGUUUAAUUGCACAUCAGACAAUUCAUAUAGACAAGAAAACAUUUUCAUGUUCUGAAUUUAGGAAAUGUUUUACUCAGAAACCGCAUCUUAGUACUCGACAGAAAAUUAAUUCAGGAGAGAAACGAUUUUCAUGUUCUGAAUGUGGAAAAUGUUUUUCUCUGAAAUCACUUCUUAUUAGGCAUCAGGCAUUUCAUACAGGAGAGAAACCAUUCUCAUGUUCUGAAUGUAAGAAAUGUUUUACUUGCAAAUCAUAUCUUAUUACUCAUCAAAAAAUCCAUACAGGAGUAAAAACAUUUUCAUGUUCUGAAUGUCAGAAAGGUUUUACUCAGAAAUCACAGCUAAUUAAUCACCAGAAAAUUCAUACAGGAGAGAAAGCAUUUUCUUGUCCUGAAUGUGAGAAAAGUUUUACUCGGAAAUCAAAUCUUAUUAUUCAUCAGAAAACUCAUACAGGAGAGAAAGAAUUUUCAUGUUCUGAAUGUGAAAAAUGUUUUUCUCUGAAAUCAACUCUUAUUAAUCAUCAAAAGAUUCAUACAGGAGAGAAAGCAUUUUCAUGUUCUCAUUGUGGAAAAUGUUUUACUCACAAAUCAAGUCUUGUAACUCAUGAGAAAAUUCAUACAAGAGAGAAAGCUUUUUCAUGCUCUCAGUGUGGAAAAUGUUUUUCUCUGAAAUCGCUACUUAUUGUACAUCAGACAACUCAUACAGGAGAGAAACCAUUUUCAUGCUCUGAAUGUGGGAAAUGUUUUAAUCAGACACCAAAUCUUAUUACUCAUCAGAAACUUCAUACAGGAGAGAAAAGAUUUUUAUGUUCAGAAUGUGGAAAAUGUUUUACCCUGAAAUCAACUCUUAUUACUCAUCAAAAAAUCCAUACAGAAGAGCAAGCAUUUAUAUGUUCUGAAUGUGGGGAAUAUUUUGCUCGGCAAUCACUUCUUAUUAGACAUCAGGCAUUUCAUAGAGGAGAGAAUCCAUUCUCAUGUUCUGAAUGUGGGAAAUGUUUUACUCGCAAAUCAUAUCUUAUUACUCAUCAGAAAAUUCAUACAGGUGAAAAAGCAUUUUCAUGUUCUGAAUGUGAAAAAUGUUUUACUCAGAAAUCACAUCUUAUUACUCAUCAGAAAAUUCAUACAGGAGAGAAGGCAUUUUCAUGUUCUGAAUGCGAGAAAUGUUUUACACGGAAAUCAAAUCUUAUUAUUCACCUGAAAAUUCAUACAGGAAAUAAUACUGAUCUACAGAAUGUGAGUGUUUAGAAUUAUGUAUACUUCAGAGAACCUAUUAAUUACUUAAAGGUACAUGAAACCCAACAUUUUACUCAUGAUUUAGAUAUAGAAAAUAACAUUUCAACUUUUUAUUUCUGUUAUCUAAUUUUGCUUCAUUCUCUUGGAAUUCUUUGUUGAACAAACAACAUUGCACAUGGGUAAGCCGACAAUAUGAGGCAUGUAUGUUCAUCCACCAAUCUGCAGCUCCUAGGCCUAUCUAGGUAUGCUUUUCAAUAAAGAAUACCAAGAGAAUGAAAGAUAUUGGAUAAUAGAUGUACAUUAGAAAGUUGCUUAAAAUGACAUGCUCAUUCUGAAACAUAAAUGACAAAUUUGGGUUUCAUAUCCUUUUAAGCCCAGUAAGUUUUUGCACCCCCUGAUAGUGAGCAUAGCACAAAGAGGAGUGCUCUCAGGUCAGAAAAACAAUGUCAAAUUCCAUAGAUGGUAGUCACUAUUCAAGCUAAUCAAGUGCAAACUUCUGGCUGUCUACAGGCUGUUGAUUGUUAACUGAGCCUUGAGGCUACAUUUCUGGACAUUUUAAUUGCCUGGUGCCUAUGACGUUAUUUUACUGUUGAUGAUGGCAGAUCAGAAGUACUAAUAUAUACUAGUACGUUUCUUUAACUUCUCCAGUAUAUGUGUUACGGCAGUAUCACUGGUUUAAAUGAUUUUUAGUAACUGUUUCUGAGUAUUCUAAACUGUCAUUGAUUUGGGACUCUGCACUACAUACCCUGCCUACUAAAGUGGGGCUGAAGAUCUGAGUAAGUGCUACAUCUUUGUGCCUCUUAUGUUUAUCACUUACAAACACUGUGGGGGACUUUAAAAAUUCCUGGGAUAAGCAUAAGGCUAUCCUACAAACUAGAUACGUUUAUACUUUUAGGAAAUAUCGGGCAGACUUGCUGGGCCUAUGGCUCUUAUCUGCUGUCAAUUUCUAUGUUUCUUUUUUUAUACUACUUUAUCUGUUAAUAUUUUUGUUAUUAGUUAAAAUGUGAUGCAAGCAAUAUUUUGUUACUGUUAUAAAUGCUCAAUUUCUAAAUAAAAACUAAUUUUUAAAUCUCAUAGAAA